UUCCAGCUUGUCACACGUCAGGCAGGCUCAGUUAGCCAGCAGGGCUCAAGCCGCUCGGACUUUUCUACCGAGCAUCACAGGACCAAUUAAGGUAAAGCUGGAGUGAUUAGCACAUCAUCGGGAAUCCACGGUGUACCUUUCGGCGGUAAUGUAGGCUGACAGUGUCGGUGGUAGUAAAGCUUCGCUUGAUAUGACGUUCUUGGCAUUCUAGAGAUGGAGAAACUAGAGGCCACGUCGGAGCUCCAGUCGAGGCUGUCGUCCCUCUCUGUUUCCUCUUUCUCCGGUAUAGCUUCGAAAAACUGCGACUCAAACCCACUCGACAGACUUCAAAGCACAGAUCUUUCCCGAACAGUAAUAUACCCUGACAACCAAACCAAAAUGGAUGACAACAGCAAUACCAAAGGAUUACAGCAACCCACUGAGGAUGGAGAGGCCCCCUCUGAGCCAGCUGCAGGGAGGGACACGCCGGAGAGCAACACCAAUGAGAAAAGCUCACUCCCUGGAGAGAAAAAAGCUUUACCACCACUGGCACCAGCCAGCACAUGGACCUCUUUAUCCCUGAAGGAGCUGAAAGCUAAGUUGCGUCAGGAGAAGGACAGCGUGGUGACUGUGUACCGUGGUGACAUUAUGACCGUCCACGUACCUACUGUACCCGAGGCCAAGCGCGUGUGCUGGGAGUUUGCUACAGAUGGCUACGACAUUGGCUUUGGGGUUUACUUUGACUGGUCUCCGGUCACCAGCCGAGCCAUUACUGUACACAUCAGUGAAUCAAGCGAUGAUGAGGAUGAAGAUGAUGAGCUAGAAGCAGGGCCUGUGGUUCCUGGAGAUGUGGAGAAGGGGUCUAAAACGGUGGCCAAUUCUAAUUUGGGAGAGAUCCUGCCUGUGUACCGUCAGGACAGUCACCUGGCAGUUCAAGGAGGCAGUCACGACUUCCCUGGAGAAGGCACGUACCACCUAAAGUUUGACAACUCCUACUCAUUAUGGCGGAAUAAGACUCUGUACUACAGAGUGUACUACAGUGCCUGAGGAACCAAGUGCACCUGUGCAAAUGAAUGUUUCAAUGAUAUAUAUUUUUGAUCAUAUAUAUAUUAUAUAUAUUUACAGCACUGUAUACAUAUCGUUCCUGCUAUUCUUAAUUUGAACAUUAAUUUUAUUUAGAUGCAAUCACUGGCCCAAUCAGAUCAAACACUUUUUGCUAGUCUUUAUGAAAUGUUUUUAAACUUGAGUGGGAUCUUGCAGUUUGGUCUAUGUGCAAUGUGUUCAGUGUAUGUUUCAGAUGCUCUGUGCAAAGAAUUUGUGAAGUGCCCGUAUAUGUUUGCCUCAGUAAUCAGGUAGUACAACGGUUCAGGGAAAGAUGGUUGUUCAGGUGAAAUGAUUGUUCACCACUGUAUGGUGAAUAAGGAAGCACAUGGAGAAAGCCAGUGUGUUGAGUCAGGUGAGGACAAGUACAAAAGCCUUUUUACAUGUUUAUAUUCAGGUUCUAGAAUGGUUUGACUUGCAUAAGAUGUAUUCUUGCAUUUAUUUCAGUAGCCUUACAUUACCUCUUCUACAUAUUAAUAAAUGUUCUCAUAUCAGUGCACCUACAGAAAAACAGCAAAUCAAGACAUUAAGAGUUAUACGUUUCAAAUCACACUUUAACUUAAAGAUUUUCUGACUGCAGACAAAACAGCUAUUAAAUCAGUCGCCAGGGAUACAACUCCAGCAACUGGUCACAGUCUGCCUUUUUAUGACUUAAGUGGAGACCAUUUCCGUCAUGAAAAACUAGUGCGUUACAUAACUGAUUCAAUAUUUACAAGGCCCCAGUACCAUUUUUCUGGGUAGGGGGGGAUGGGGCGGUCGGGCGGUUCAGCACCUGUUUAGUCUCUGAAUAGUCAGGUCUUCGUAGAUGUUGACAUGUGCCAUUAAACAAUUUUAGAAAUUUAUUACGUGUUUUACACAUGCAGCUUUCUGUGUGUCUGGUAAAUGUGCAAUGUGUUACACAAAGCUUUAUGUUGAAGGCUGUAGUGUUGUGUCAAUAUUUUUCACGAUUUUGUUUCUGUGGAUUGUCCAAGAAUACCAAAUCGCAUUGUGUUGAUGUGACCUGUUUAAGACAGCGCUAUGAUGAGGGCAGCAAGCAGCAGCCCCAGGGAGCGCUCUGCUUGCGCACCUGCAUCCAAGGUGUUCCCACACGCACCACAUUGUGACUUUUUGCAUGUCUCCAAAGGGACUAUUGCGCUGCUGAAAUACCCAAAACUGCCAAUGUGCUUUCUUUGUCGACCAUGUUUCUGUCCUUCUUUGUGAUAUGUGGAUAUGAUAAUUUGUCUUAUGCUUUUAUCUGCUCUUUUUCUGCCUUUUGUCCAAUAAAUAUUGUUAAACAA